ACCUUGAAUACUUUUUCUAUCCUUUUAUUUAAAUAUAUAUCUCAUACAUGCUUAACUUUACGUAGUAGUGCCUUCAUUUUCAUCGGGUUCGUCGCGUUCGAGGCUGAAUCUUUUAUGAUAACGUGUGUGUGUGCGCCGACGAUUCAAGAUCCGUCUGUUCCGGUGUUAUCGAUCAACACAAAACAUUCUAGCGUUCCAUUUCUGCGAUCUUUCAAGAAGAAUCUCGGGCAGAUAAUAAAACACGAGCCGUGCGUUCGUGCAGUACUGGGAGGCGGAACUUCUCAUCUGCUAAUUUCGUGAGUCAUCGCUUGAGUGGAUCAGCCCACUAGUCGUUUUGUUGACAAGUACAACGUAUACCAGAGUCCAGAGGUUGACAUUUAGAAAUUCAAGAUGGAUGUUGGAUUCUCAUCGUACCACAAUGGGGGUCCUGCCCGAGAGCAGGAUUUCGGCAGGUUAUCUCAGACUAUCGGCACGUCUAUACUGAAGAUCUCCCAAAAUGUAUCUUCUAUGCAGAAAAUGGUCAAUCAGUUGGGUAGCUCCACUGAUUCUCAGGAGCUCAGGAAUCAGCUGCACCAGAUACAGCAUUACACGCAGCAGUUGGCAAAGGAUACUAGCGUUCAUCUUCGAGACUUGGCUAUACUAGCGAAUAACUCUGGCUCUACAAGUCCUGGCGAGCAACGGCAGCGUAAGAUGCAGAAGGAACGCCUUCAGGAUGAGUUUACGACUGCGUUAAACUCUUUUCAAGCUGUGCAAAGAUCGGCCGCUGCCAAGGAAAAGGAAAUGGUCAGGAAGGCCAAAGCUAGUGCAGGUAUCGCGCCGUUUGGAGAGAAGAAACAGGAAACGCUUAUCGAGCUGCAAGACAGCAGAAUGUAUGGAAGCGAGCAUGCAAAGCAGCAACAGGAACAAUUGCAGGAGCAAAUGAACUUACGAAUGUUGGAAGAACAGGAGGCCAGUAUAAGGCAGUUGGAGAGUAACAUUAGCGACAUUAAUCAAAUAUUCAAAGACCUUGGAGCUUUGGUGUACGAUCAGGGCGAAGUAAUUGAUUCUAUAGAAGCGUCGGUCGAGAGAACCGAAGUAUCCGUCAACGAAGGUGCUUCUCAAGUGAGACAAGCGAGCAUCUAUCAAACUAAACUGCGCAAGAAGAAGUGUAUCAUCGUACUGAUAGCAGCGGUCGUACUGUCGAUUCUAAUUGGCAUUAUAGUCUGGCAGAGCUAAAUACGGGAACAUAAUACAUAAAUCUAUGUACACUUGUAUGCACAUGUAUUCACACACAUACGUGUGCGUGUGUGUGUGUGCAAACGAAGUGUACAUGUACAGCAUGUUGAUAUAUGUAAUGCUGCGAAAGAUUGGUAUCUGUGAAUAAGUUACAGGAACAUCAGCCUCCAGCAGUUCUUAGCGACAUCCUUAGUGACAAAUAAUUAAUCUGAAAUCUUUGCUUUGAAACUUAACACGGUUAUAGAGGAACGUGCAAGGAAACGGAGAUACUCACAUCUUACUAGUUUAAACCCUCCUAAUUGUGAUAAUUGUAGGUGUAAAUUUUAAUUUCAGGUAGCAUUUUAUUGGCAUACUCGAGAUUGCCUCAGUCCAUUUGUACAUUUCUUUACUUAUUAUAAAAUAUAUAUAUUGUUAGUUGUAUUAUUGUAUCGGUUACAUCACAUCUCAUGUGUAUGUGUGCGUGCAUGUGUGACAACUUUGAUAAUUUAAUGCGACUGUGUAAUUGAAGAUAAGGAUAUAUGAAGUACUUGUAUAUGAUACGGAGUAUGCUUGUGUAUCUGAUUGCGAGUGCGGCUCGGCAUGUAGUAAUGCUUCACGAGGUAUCUUAGGAAUUAUUUCUACGUAAUAACUUUAUAGAGAGAGCAAAUGUAUUUGAGAGGAUACAACAUUUUAAGAAGAUGAGAGAGUUUGUAUAAGUUAAUAUAUAUUACGCUUAAUUUAAGAAUGUUGAUUUAUUAUAAUCGGGACAUAUAUAAUAAAGAAUAUAUAUAUAUAUAGAUAUAAAAUAUUAAAAUUGAUAAUAUUUGUAUCCAUCUGUUAUAUUUGUAUGAUGGUUCGUUCUCGGAAGUAAUGAAAAAUUGAUUUUA